AUGAGUACCAAGUGCCUACUUGACAAGAAUAGCUUGGCGAAUUACUUUAUGUCUGGAUACUUCCCCCAACCCCAACCAGGCUACGGCUACCCACCUCAACCCCAACAAGGCGGCUACCCACCAGCUCAAUCGCCCUACCCUCCUCAGCCAACAAGCGGAUACCCUCCCGCCUACCCUCCUCAACGUCAAGACACUUACCCUCCUCAGGCUCAGGCUCAAGACUACUACCAGCAGCAACAGCAGGGUGCUUAUCCUCCUCCCGCGUCGUCGACUGGAUACCCCAGCCCUGCGGCGCCUCCACAUUACCAGGGCCCACCUGCAGGAUACCCUCCCUCCAGUUAUGACCAGAAGGUUGAUUCAGCCUACCCUCCUCCUCAGUCCCACCAAGAGCAUCAAGGCCCACCUGCAGGAUACCCUCCCCCUCAGUCUCACCAGGAGCAGCAGCCUUAUAACGCGUACCAGGAGCCGAGCAAGGAUUCUGGAUACCCUCCUGCACCCGCGGCCGCGGUUAGCCCCUCGCCUCCCCAACAGCAGCAGACUCCUUACGGCUACCCACCCACUUCAACUCCAAGUAGUGAAGCUGAGCGAGGAUUUUUCAGUGGCCACCACAACAGUAACGCACCUGGCGGCGGCGCCCCUGCCGGAUCUCAGGUGCAUGAUCUCGAUUUCUGGAUGCGCGCGUAUCCACGCCCUGAGAUGCCUCCUCAAGCCGCGACGCCGGACCAGAUCCAGACGUGGUACUACCAUAUCAACUAUCAUCCCGGCGACAAGCAGAAGCCUCCCGUUCCUUCCUCUUCUUCCUCGUCUUCUUCGGCGGCUACAGGAUACCCUGGAGCUGUUGCGCAGCAGCAAUACCCCGGCCCCGGUCAAUCACCCUACCCAUACCAGCAACAGCAACAGCAAUACCCAGACCAGAGCCAAUCACCUUACGGAUACCCUCAGCAGCAACAGUCCAUGUACCAGACACCUUCUCCCUCCUCAGGACAUGAAGCAGCACCAGCCGGGGGCAAGCAAGGAACCGACUGGAUGAAGUUGGCAGGAGGCAUGGCUGCAGGAGGCAUCGCCUUGGCUGGAACCAAGAAACUGUUUGAGAAAUUCACCGAGGACAAGCACCGUCCCCAUCACCACUAA